AUGGAUGUACUUGAUCCUGUGACAUUGUGCAGACCACUCGGCGGACGACCUAGUGUCGAACUCACCGCAGAGGAGGUGAAGGAGCUCGCCCGGCUCAUGCAGACACGGUUUCGCUGGAGCAGUGAGCCGCUAUUUUUCCAACUCGAAGGCGUAAAGGCGCAGCUCGAAGGCGUUGAUGCCAUUAUUCAAGCCCCAACCGGCUCCGGGAAAACAGCCAUUGCUGCAGGCCCUCAUCUCUGGCCGACCAACGAAGGGAAGACGACCAUUAUGGUCUGUCCGCUACUGGCUUUGGAGGAAGAAAUGGUCGAGACAUUCAAGACCGAGUUUGGCCUGACUGCCAUUGCUGUCAACGGUCAGAACACACUUUCACAGAAUCGACAGAUUAUGCAGGAAAUUCUGCAGGGUCAAUAUCGCAUCAUCUUGAUCUCGCCCGAAAUGCUCCAGUCAAGCACGUUCAAGGACCGCAUUCUACGGAACACCCGAUUCAUGCGCCGAGUCAUCAGCAUUGUUGUUGACGAAGCACACUGUCUGUCCCACUGGGGAGCAGACUUCCGUAAGAAAUAUGCGAGCCUCGGAACUGUACGAGUGUUCCUUGCACCGGGUACACCUAUCAUUGCUGUAACGGCAACGCUGACCGCGCGUGUCCGCCGUGAUCUUCAUAACAAGCUCCACUUCCCCAAGACUGGCAGCCAGUUUGUCAAUGCCGGAAAUGAUCGCCCCAAUGUCUCGAUCGUUGUUCGCGCAUGUGAGCACCCUCAAAACACGCUUGCUGAUUUAGACUUCGUGCUACCAGAGAAGAUCGAGACAGCAAAUGACAUCCCAAAGACAUAUCUCUACGUCGACAACAUUGAUACUGGUAACGACAUCAUCGAUCACCUCGGGACUCUCCUUCGACAGCGCAACCCUGCCUUGUACGAAUUGGGUGUCAUCCGCCCUUUCAAUGCUACGAUGUCCGCUGGAUACCGCACGCAUGCCAUGGCGGCCUUCCGCAACAAUCAUGAAUACAGCAGUGCGGACGUCACUGCAGAUAACCUGAAGAUCGGUCCGAUCCGUAUUCUGGUGUGUACGGACGCUGCUGGGAUGGGAUGCAAUGUUCCUGACGUAGAUGUCGUCGUGCAAUGGAAGCUGCCUGCCACCUUGUCAAAUUUCAUCCAGCGAGCUGGACGUGCCGCACGCGCGCGUAAUAGGACCGGGAUUGCGAUCCUCCUUGUGGAGCGGUCGGCUUAUUCAAUCAACUUAGCAUCGACAUCGCCGACCCACGAAUCCAACUCGACCACAAAACCAUCCACCAAACGCCACAGACGCAAAGCUCGCGGACCUCCGAAGGACAGUCGCGAGAAGACACCAAAAGACUACGCCAAGCGACAUGGCGUCAAUCGCGGAGGUAGUGCGGGUGUUGCUGGGGACAAUACCCUCGACCCGGCGGACCACCCGAAGCUUGACCACGACACUGACGAUGAAGGUCUUCUCGCUUUUGUACAAAGCACUCAGUGUCGUCGGAAAGUCUGGAGGUCCAUCUAUGAGUGCCCAGCAUCUGUCCCAUGUUGCGAUGUAUGCCACCCAUCACUAUUGAAUCGAGCACGCCCGCCUCUCUUGGGCCAACUUGCCCAGAAGAAUGCAAAACAGAAAGUAGGUCUCCCCGACCCUGCCACGCAGACCGCCCUCGAAGACUGGCGCGAGAGGAAGCUUGAGGAAGAUCACACACAUGCACUGUUUGGUGCCACUGCGAUCCUCAGCGACACACGGGUCGAACGCCUGGCCUCUGUCGGACCCAUCACGCGUGCCGUGGCUGCAGCAAUGCUCAAGACGUGGCUAUGGCGUGACAGAUCUCCUGCUGUCGCUGCCUAUCCGUUCGAUUCCAAAGGCCAAGAAGGCCGCGAGUAG